AUAAACAAAAUAUAAAGAACUCAUAAAAAUGGUUAUCAAGAAUCCAAAUAAUAUUAUUGUGCCCGAGUAUUUGAAUGAGGAGUUUUUCGUGGCCGCGCUCGAGGAGGGUUUGCGCGAAAUCAAGCUAACGGUUAGUGAAGUUACCUUCGAAUGGGGCAGCAAUCCCGGUGAUAAUUAUUGUUCGCGCAUCUAUCGCGUUUUGGUCUCCUAUGAGCGCCUAGUUGAGGAUGAGGAGCAACCGGUGCAAGAGCAGCGGUCGCUAAUUGUCAAAACCAUACCGGUUUCGAAAGACACACAUUUCCUCGAGGAUUUGGGUGUAUUCCUUAAGGAGAAAUUGACUUACUUGGAUGUGUUGCCACGAUUGGAAAUACUUGUUGGUGGUCCGAGAUUCAGUGCCUCCUGUUAUUAUGCAAUCAAAGCACCCACUCGCACCAUUGUGCUUACUGAUUUGAAAACCGAUGGCUUUGCGGUUGCAUCGCGACAGGAACAACUCGAUUGGGAACACUGUGAAUUGAUCCUGCAACAAACAGGACGCCUGCAUGCGACGUCAAUGGUUUUGGCUCAGCGAGAUCCUGAAAUCACUAAGCGAUUUGUGAGCGGUUUGCUUUGCAUGAAGGGUGUAAUAAAAAAUGAAACCUUUAUAAAAGUCUUUGGAGGCAGCUUGAAGCAACUAGCCAACAACGCAGCCGAAUGGCCUGGUUUUGAAAAGAUAGCACAAAAAUUGCACCGUUUUCACGAUAAUUUCAAUUCCAUAUGCGCACACUUGGCAGAUCGUCGUGAAGGUGAUCGUAUUGUUGUAAUGAACCAUGGUGAUCUCUGGAUAACAAAUUUCAUGUACGCCUAUGAUGAUCCCAAGCAACCCGAGAAGCCUACGCGCGCUAUUUUCGUGGAUUUCCAACUUAAUUUCUACGGCAGCCCCGGUUGCGAUCUCAAUUUUUUCCUCAACACAAGUGUACGUCUGAAUUUACUGAAAGAACGACGCGACGAUCUCAUAAAUGUGUAUUACAAAACAUUCAAGGAGACACUGGAAUUCUUACAUUACGACAGUAUACCGACUUUGGAAGAUCUCAAGUACGAGUUGCGCUCUCGUGAACUUUAUGGUCUUUUCGGUUUGUUCAGUUUUCUGCCCCUAAUUUCCAUACCAAAAGAGUUAUCUGAAAAUAACAGUAUUGACAAUUUUAUGGAUGAGGAAUUCGCACGUUCAAAAUUCAAAAAAAUAUUUGCUCAGGAACGUCUGCAAGCUCAGCUAAAAUAUGGACUGAAGCGCUUGGAUGAUUUGGGUGUGUUGGACGAAUUUUAGUUUAAAUAGAAUAUUUAAUGAAGACCAAACCAUAUGCUUUUACAAUAAAAGAGUCAGAAUUA